UGCUAAGCCUAUGGAACAAGGCAAAACAACAAUGGAGGAGUCCAAGGCAGCAGAAGUGCAGCAGCCGCAGCCAUGUCCACCACAACUAUCAAAGAACGCACAGAAGAAACUCUUAAAGCAGCAACGCUACGAAGCCAAAAAGGCUGAGAAAAAAGCAUUGUUGAAAGAAGAGAAGAAAAGACAAGGAGAGCGCAAACGUAAAGAAUGGGAGGAAAAGCUUGCCGGGGCUGCCACCGAAGAGGAGAAGCAACAGUUGAUAGAAUCCAGGAAGUCUUUGAGGAAAGAAAGAAUGGAUCAACGCUCUCUCGAAAAAGGAAGGAAGAUGGAGAGGCUACAUAAUGCUAAACAAAAUGGACAAAAUGUUGUUAUUGAUCUCGAGUUUGACCACCUCAUGAACACUAGUGAGCUACAUAGUCUCGUUCAACAGAUCAUGUACUGUUAUGCGGUGAAUGGAAGAUGCAGUUCUCCUGCUCACCUUUGGUUGACUGGCUGUCAAGGAGAAAUGCAAGAUCAGUUGCAGAGACUACCAGGAUUUGACAAGUGGAUAAUUGAGAAGGAGAACCGGCCAUAUAUUGAGGCAUUCCAAGAUCAGAAGGAGCGCCUUGUAUAUCUCACUGCAGACGCAGAAACAACGCUAGACGUCCUUGAUCCAAAGCAUAUAUAUAUCAUUGGUGGGUUGGUGGAUAGGAAUCGGUGGAAAGGGCUAACCAUGAAAAAAGCAGAAGACCAAGGGAUUCAAACAGCAAAACUCCCAAUAGGAACUUACCUGAAGAUGUCUAGUUCCCAGGUCCUUACAGUCAAUCAAGUGGUAGAGAUACUUCUGAAAUACUUGGAGACAGGAGACUGGAAAACUUCAUUCUUUGAAGUUAUUCCACAAAGAAAAAGAUGUGAGGGUGAUAAUGAUAUUGAAGGGGAAGAAGAGACGGAAGGGAAAGAUGAUCACAAGAUUAAAAUUCAUGAUAUUGAACGGGAAGAAGAGGCGGAAGAGAAUGAUGAUCACGAGAUUAAAAUUCAUGAUAUUGAACGGGAAGAAGAAACUGAAGAGAAAGAUGAUCACGAGUUUAAAAGACAGUGCAUUGAGAGUUGAAGUUUCAAAAGCUUCCAUUAGAUUCUAUCAGGAUAGUCUUUGGUAUCGUCUUGUUCUUCAGAACUUGUCCUGGUGAGACGGCAAUUAUAGUGAAGUUCGCCUUGUUGAGAACGUACUUGGCGUUUAUUCUCUUAUUGCACUAUAUGACUUUAUUUCUUCCUCGCGUUCCUCAUCUUUUUGAAUACAUAAGCAUGUUGGAAAGUAUAA